AGAGAUCUGAUCAAAGGCCCAAUAGAACUGAAAAUUGCCUCCAAAAUCCAAAUCAUCGGAGCUCUGCCUUUUUCUAUUUCUAUAGGUUGUUUGUUCUUCUUUCUUACUCCCCUGUCUGAUAUUUUCUUUCUUUGGUUUUCUUUUUUCAACAGCCUUCUCUUCUAUUUUCAUUCUCUUUCCUCUAAUGGCUUACACUACUGCUUUAACCUCGCACCUUGCUGUUUGUCACCGACUCAGUGACCCCAGACCACGCUUUUCUUUCUGUGAAGCAGACUUGUGUAAAGGUCGUCCGUUGGUUCUAUCUUGGCCUACUACUAAGACUGGGAAGAGAACAAGAUCUCUUCGUCUUAAUGGCUUACAUGGUGAGAAGAAGGAUGACAAUGAGAACAGUGAUGAUAGAACUUCGAAGAUAGAGACGAUUCUCGGCGGUAUGAAUAAGCUAUUCGAAACUGUUAAGAAAGCCCAAAUGGUGGUACAAAUUGAGGCAGUGAGUGUAAAGAAAGAGCUUGAUGUGGCAGAGUUUGAUGGUUAUUGUGAAGAUGAGCUUGUAAAGGCAACAAUCACCGGUAACCAGGAACCAGUGCGCGUUGAGAUAACUGAGGCUGCCGUGGCACUUGGGCCAGAAAAACUCUCUCUUUUGGUUACUGAAGCAUACAAGAAUGCCCACCAGAAGAGCGUUCAGGCCACGAAGGACAGAAUGAACAAUCUUGCCCAAGGUUUGGGAAUGCCACCACAAUUCCUCAAUGAGGAGGAGCAACAGUGAUAACCGAUACUUAUCUGUUUGUUUUGGUUUAGUUCGUAUCUGAUUUUAAUUGUCUAGCUUAAGUGGUAAAUCUGUUGAUUGUUUCUGUAUAGCCUUGGGGUCAUGCUUGUCUUUGAGUUUUCUCUCAAAUGCUGGUAAUUGGUGUAAUGAUUUUCUUUUGGAACCUUAUAAGGUCAUAUUUGAUUUAGAAGAAUAGAAUUAAAGUGUAAAGAGUACUUGACAAGAAAAUCAAUCUCCAACGGAAAUUAAUGCUAAAGUAAAUAAGAACAAAGAAUAAUUAGUUGAUUUGCCUCCUAACAUUUGUUAUUGGUAUGAUUUGAUCUCUAACUUUUGAUUUA